UUGGCUCGUAUUUUGAAAAUAUUUAGAAUGGAAGAUCAGAGAAAACCAUUAGCGACAAAAAAUGGAGAAGGUAACUCAAGGCUACCUAUGUUUGCCAGUAAACUUAGACCACCAUCAACUGUGAAAAGACCAAGGAGUCCAGAGGAGAAACAAGACAAUAAAAGACGAUGUCUAGAUUAUUCAGAAAAGACCGUAGAAACAAGAACAAGGAAAUCAUCAGAAACAAGCAAGGUUACAUCCACUGGAAAUGUGAAGACUGUGUCAAAUGGGACAUUAACUAGACAAAGAUCAGAGACUUCUCUUAACAGGUCUACCAUAUCUAAUACUAGUCUUCGUUCAUCUAACAGUGGAUCAAGUCUAAGGGCUAAUAAUGUUCGUCCAAAAGCUAACACUGCCGUAGUCAAACCAACCACAAAAGCAGCAUCAAGCACAAACAACAGACCACCACCUGCAAGAGGAGCACAAGGAACAGUUAGACUUGCAACCAGUAAGACAUCAUCUGCUAAUAAACCACCAGCUGGUAAUGGUGGAGGUGGUGGGAAGAAGAGGCCAGCAUGGGAUCUGAAGGGUCGACUUGAAGACAUGGAGGCUAAGUUAGAGAAACAAACCAAUAACAGGGAAGGUCUCAUGAAUCAAAUGGAAACACAAAAUCAAAGAAUCCAAUCUCUGGAAUCAAUGAACAAUCAACUGUCUGGGACUGUGUCAAUUAAAGAAAAUAUAGUUAGUCAGGCAUCCGAGGAAAUCACAGAUUUAAAAAGAAAACUCAGACAAGAAGAGGAUAAGCGUGAUGAAGUUCAAAGAGGACUACAGAGAGAAAUCAGCGAUAUGACCUUUCUAAAGGAGACGUUAUCUCGACAGAACGAGAGUUUACAGAGUGAUCUGAAUGCCAGGAGAGUGGAGGUGGACGGACUUAAAGCAUCUGUGGCACAGCUAACAUCAGCUCAGGCUGGAAUGGGAGCAGAACUAGAGAAUACUAAAUUACAACUUCAACAGGCUGUUACAUCAAACAAAACCAAAGAUGCUGAGAUUGAGAGACUGAGAAACUUACUGGAAAAUAGAGAUAGAGAGAUAGAAGAACAAAACUGUCAGAUCAGGAGUCAUGAAACAGAGAGAAGAAAAUUACACAACCAAAUUCAGGAAUUAAAGGGCAACAUCAGAGUGUUCUGUAGAGUUCGACCUUUACUGGGAGAUGAAACUCUAGGAAACGACGGAUUGAUAAGUCACAUGAACUUUCCUGAUCAGGAACAAAGGAUAAUAGAGCUGGACAAACAUGGUGAUGCUACAUUGAAUGAGAGUUGUUUGACAAGGAAGGGAGGUAAUAAUGCCCAGAGUAAAUAUGAGUUUGGUUUUGACAAAGUGUUCAGUGACCAUACUUCACAGCAACAAGUGUUUGAAGAAAUCUCACAGUUAGUUCAGAGUGCGUUGGAUGGUUAUAAUGUGUGUAUAUUCGCCUACGGACAGACAGGUUCUGGAAAGACUUACACGAUGGAAGGUACAUCUGUUAAUGAUGUGGACAAUAGGGGAAUGAUCCCCAGAGCAGUUCUACAAAUAUUUGAUUCAACCAGAGAACUAGAAAGUAAAGGAUGGAAAUAUUCUUUAGAUGCCUCAUUUUUAGAAAUAUACAAUGAAACAAUCCAUGACUUGCUUGGUGAUGAAGAUCUCAAACAUGACAUUAAGAUGUCUGGUCAGAAAAACAGUAAUGAGGUGUUUGUUACUAACCUGACUAUUGUUCCAGUCACUAAAGAGGAAAUGGUGUAUCAGUUGUUACAGAAAGCAUCUAAGAACAGAUCAGUGGGUGAAACUAAGUGUAAUGAGAGGUCAUCCAGGAGUCAUAGUGUGUUUACACUCAAAUUAACAGGGGAGAAUUCUAUAACUGGGGAAACCAGCCAAGGUACCUUAAAUCUGGUAGAUCUGGCUGGUAGUGAGAGACUCAAAGAAUCUGGAUCAGAAGGUCAGCGUAUGAAGGAGACGUUAGCUAUUAACAAAUCACUCAGUAACCUUGGUAAUGUCAUCAUGGCGAUAGGAAAUAAGGACAACCAUAUACCUUACAGAAACUCAAAGUUAACUUACCUGUUACAGAACUCUUUAGGAGGAAAUAGUAAAACUCUUAUGUUUGUUAAUGUUUCUCCUAAAGAAGAAUGUUUCCAGGAAACACUCAACUCACUUAGGUUUGCUACAAAGGUAAACCAGUGUAAUAUAGGAACAGCACAACAGAAGAGAUAAACAAUUAGAGAUUUUUAGAUUUAUGUGGUGCUGUUGAUAUAGGUUUUUAAAGCACAAAAAUGUCUGCUAUAUGUAUUGUUGUAUCAAUUUGAUGUUCAUAGUUGAAUUAAGAAUUUUAAUACUUAUUUAUUAUACAUGUAUUUCAUUUCAAUAUUUGCACAUGAAAUACUUUAACACAAUAGGUAUAAGUUACCCCGUUGUUUUUAAAACAAAUUGGUUUUAGGAUCAUUACCUAAACAUAUCUGUCAAAGUUUUUUUGUUGAAUUUUCAGGAAUAAUGAAAAAUGUUUUAUUACUAUAGACUUAUCAAACUACAGACAAAGUCGGUAUUGUUGAUGUUGAUAUGUUACAAAAUUAGCAAGAAAUAAUUAAUUAUAGUUAAGAAUUAAGAACUUUCACUAAUAAAUGCAUGUGUAUAUUACAGUAAACAUAUGAAUAUUCAUUCUCAAAUUUCUGUAACUCUUCAAAUUUACUUACCAAAAAAUAGGGUUCUUGUGUUAUAUAAGUUUUUUUGGUAGAAAUUUCCUAUUUCUUGUUAAAAAAUGCUGCAAAUUCACAAAUUUUUAUGUGUUUUUUAUAUUUCUAUUGUUUAACAAUGGACAACAAUGUGAGAAAAAUGAUUACGAUUUCUGGAAACGUGGCAUACAAAUAAUGCUUUCAAUAUUUAAAAUGCAUGUAUUUACUUUUGUGAAACUUAUCCAUUUGCAAUAAUAAACAUAUCGCAAAUUUUUUUUUAAUUUACAGUUAUAUGAGCAUAUUUGAUUUUUUUUAAUACUAACACACUAGUGUCUUGAAGAAUUUUGGUGCAGGAAUAAAUACAAGUGAUCAAAACAUGUAAAUACUGGUAUACUUUUACAAAUUGUGACUUGGAUGGAGAGUUGUCUCAUUUGCACUCAUACCACAUCAUCUUAUAUCUAAAUACUGUCUAAUAUUUAUAUAUAUAUAAUAUAGGGUUAUUGCAUGAAUAUUGGAAACUAUUGUCCUGAGUACAUUUUUAUAUUCCAUGAGCUUGCAAGUGCAGUAUUUAUUCUAGAAGGAUAAUGUUCAUGCAAUAACCUUUUUUGCACAGCAAAGCUAUAAAAAUUUGAUCAAACAAAUACUUGUCACUGAUGAUGUUGAUAAUUUGAAGCUAUAUUUGCACUAGUACAAUAUCGUAGAAUAUUGAACACUUACUUUCUCUUACUUUCUGUGGGAAAUAUGUUGCUAUACAACAAAAAAUUUUAUGAGUUUUUUUAUAUUGUGUUCAUAUUUAAAAGGCAGCAUAAUGCACUCAGAAAUUUUAAUUGCAUGUAGAUAAAGUUGUAAGUGCCAGAUUUUUAUUAUGUGUGUGCUAGUCUCUGUAGUAAAUGUAUGAAUGAGAUUGACAAAGAAGAGUGUGUGCCACAUGUAUGCAUCUUUUUUGUGACAUUUUUAGUUUUCUAGUUUCUAUAUAAAUUGUUGUUUCAUGUACUGUAGUCGAUAUCAGUUUAAUGGCAUUUCAUAUGCUGUAGUCCAUGGCAGUAAAUAAUGAUCAUCCAUUUUACAGCUGUAAAUAUGUAAAUAUUUUAUAUACCUUUCAAUUUAAACUUUAUAUAUUCUAUGAAACGGAAACACUCAUUUCAGUUGAAUAAUACUAAAUAAAUUUGAAUAUAAUAAACUGAACUUAUAUGAAUUUCACAAUUGAAAAAAAGUAAUUUGUAGUUUGAUGGUUAACAAAAUAAAAUAUUCUGUUUAAUUUGACAUGUGGAUUUAAUACCAGAUUUUGAGGGCAUAGGGGAAAAAAUUAAGUGUUGAACAAAAUAAAAAUUUUUCUAUAGGCUUGUAUGUAGAAUUUGUCAAAACUAACAAAUCAAAUAUCAACAAAUACAUUUUCUCUAAUCCACAGAAAUGUGUACCCUCAAAACUAAAUGAAACCACAAUUAUGAAAAAAUCCUUCUAAAUUCUUUGCUUGAAUUCUUUUAGGCAAGGUAAUAGGGAAGAAACAAGUGUCUGGUGGAGAUUUUUGUCUCCCUGGAAGAAAAACCCACACUUUGGAGAAUAUGAUUCUCCUUUGGGAGAGUUUCAAGACCUUUACUCCUCUAACUGCAAGUUUUUAAUUGAAGACCUUUUUAUAUCUUAUAAAAACAUAACUGUAUUUUUAUUCUAUCGCAUUUAGCUCUCUACAUUUAUGGUUUUCCCCAUAAUGUCAUUUAGAACACUUUUUCAAUUUGGAACAGAAUUUGAUGACCUUAUAAUGACAAAUAGUUGCUUAUACUACAGCAUUUGAACACUGGUGGAUAGUUGUCUGAUUGACAAUCAUACCAUAUCUCCUUAUUUUUAUAUUAUCAAGUAUUUCUAGAAUAUGAUUAUAAAAUCUUUUAAAUUUUGUAGGAUCAUACAUUAUACAUCAGAUGGAUUGAUAAUUACUAUCUAUGACAUUUAUGUUAGGUCUUCUUUUUCUUUCACAUUGUCUUCAAUAAGCUAAUAGAACUGCAAACAAACAUUUUUUUCUUGUUCACAGAGUAAAAAAACAACUUUUUGUUUUAAAUGGAAAAUUUUGAUUAUGUAUGUCACAAGUUUUGAAAUCAAGAAUAUAUUGAUACAAUAAAUUGUAAGGAAUGUAUACAUGUAUAUUUAUCUGAAUCUCUUGUAAUCUUACUUCACUAAACUUUUCUGUCUAUCCUGUUACUUACAUUGGUACUCUUAUCAUCUAUAUUAAUUUAAAGAAUAAAUAGUUAAAGAGA